AACAAAAAUUACGACGGAAACACAAGGUUGUGCGAGCAAAAAGGGUUUAGGAUUUUGAAAAGAUGGCCUUGUUUCGCAAAUUGUUCUAUCGCAAACCUCCAGAUGGUUUGCUCGAGAUAUCCGACAGAGUUUUCGUGUUUGAUUGCUGCUUCUCUACCGAUUCUUGGGAAGAAGAAAAAUACAAAGUUUAUAUGGCGGGGGUUGUCAGUCAACUACAAGAACACUUCCCGGAUGCAUCCUCUCUUGUGUUUAAUUUCCGUGAAGUGGGUGCUCGGAGUGUGAUGGCUGAUGUCUUGUCAGAACAUGGCUUGACCAUAAUGGAUUACCCUCGCCACUACGAAGGCUGCUCAUUGUUGCCUGUCGAAGUGAUGCACCAUUUUCUCCGGUCCAGUGAAAGCUGGCUCUCACUCGGCCCAAAUAACUUGUUGCUAAUGCAUUGUGAACGUGGGGCUUGGCCAGUUUUAGCAUUCAUGCUAGCUGCCCUCCUUAUUUACCGGAAGCAGUACAGUGGUGAGUACAAGACCUUGGACAUGAUCUACAAGCAGGCUCCUCGUGAGCUUCUGCAUUUGUUCUCACCGUUAAACCCAAUUCCUUCUCAGCUACGCUAUCUACAGUACGUGUCGAGAAGGAAUUUGGUCUCUGAAUGGCCUCCAUUGGAUAGGGCUCUCACCAUGGAUUGUGUUAUUUUGAGAUUUGUUCCUGACGUUAGUGGACAAGGAGGUUGUCGCCCAAUCUUCCGAGUAUAUGGUCAAGAUCCGUUUUUUGUAGAUGAUAAAAAGCCUAAGCUUUUGUACUCUACUCCCAAGAAAGGGAAACACCUGAGGAUCUACAAGCAGGCAGAAUGUGAGCUAGUCAAGAUUGACAUCAAUUGUCAUGUGCAAGGUGAUAUCGUGAUUGAGUGCCUUAGUUUAAACGAUGACAUGGAAAGAGAGGUCAUGAUGUUUCGAGUGGUUUUCAACACGGCCUUUAUUAGAUCAAACAUUUUGAUGCUUAACCGUGAUGAAGUUGACACAUUAUGGCAUAUAAAAGAACAGUUCCCAAAGGGGUUCAGAGUUGAGCUUCUCUUCUCGGAUAUGGAUUCUGCCUCUUCUGUUGACUUGAUGGACUUUUCGUGUUUGGAGGCGAAAGAUGGUCUUCCAAUAGAAGUUUUUUCCAAAGUUCAUGAGUUCUUCAAUCAAGUUGACUGGGUGGAUCAGACAGAUGCCACACGCAAUAUGCUUCAGCAUUUAGCUAUUGCGAAUGCAGUCCAAGAAAGACCAGAUGGGAAUUCAAGUCCAAAACUACAAAACUUAAGCCCCAAAAGUAUCAAUGAUAUAAUGAAACAGGCAGCAAUUGAAAAUAGUGGAAAGUUCAAAUUGUCUUCAAUGUCCGAGGUUCAAACGGUCGACCCACCAGAAAAGGGACCUACCGAUUCAGUGAAGAAGCUUAUAGCAGAAGAUAUAUAUUCUGUCCUUCAGAUAAGUAGCCAGGCAGAUACCACCAGCCAGGAUGCAACAGAUAGUUCACGUCAAGAGUCCCCUUCUCUCAAGCUUGUGCAUCAUUCGGCAACAGUUAAACCUUUUGUGGACGGUUCUGGCACUUCUGAAAAUGCUGAGGAGAUCAUUCUGAAGAGUCCUCCUUCAGCAAACGAUGGGAAAGCGGUCUCGUUUUCGCCAUCCACACCGUCACCACCACAUCCUGCAAGAACGUCAUUGGCUCCAAAAGGAGCACCUCCGCCACCUCCUCCACCUCCAACUGUUGCUUCUCAACCUUCAGAGCAAUUGCAGCAUUCUGUUGUCCAACCGGUAGAGAGACUUUCACAGGGAAAUGCCUGGGUGUCAUUAGCUGGCUCUACAUUUCAUCGAACACCUUCAAAUGAAAAAGUUCCCAUGGCACCGCCUCCAACAUCUCCUCUGCUUCCUCCUGCAUCCCAUGUUUCUCCUCAGGAGUCUUCUAAAACAAAAAAUCCGUCGUCACUUCGGCCAUCUCCUGCAUUAGUAGCUACUCCUGCCAAACCAUCCCAAACUGAGACAUUAGGUUCUUUUUGUCCUCCUUCACCUCCAAUAAGAGCUCCCAAUGAUGUGGUUUCACCUCCUCCUCGACCACCUCUUCCUCCCCCUCCUCCUCCUCCUCCAAUGCAGCAUUCAAACCAGAACACAGUCGCUAGAGUUACCCCUCCUAUACCUCCACCGCUUCCUACCUCUUCUGCCUCUCCUCCCCCAGCUCCUCCAACACCUCCACCGCUUCAUACCUCUUCUGCCUCUCCUCCUCCAGCUCCUCCAACACCUCCACGGCUUCCUACAUCUUCUGCCUCUCCGGCCCCUCCAACCGCACCACCUCCACCACCAUUAGGUCAGAUGAAGGCACCGUCAGCACCACCUCCCCCACCUUUAGGUCAGAUGAAGUCACCAUCAGCACCACCUCCUCCUCCUCCAAAGUUAGGAACCAAUUCAUCCCCAUCUUCUGGUACUAGUGUGCCUCCAACACCUGCUUUACCAACUGGAUCUCUUUCAUCAGGAAAAGGGAGAAUGUUACGUGUAAAUUUAAAGAAUAAUCAAACCAAAAAGUUGAAGCCAUACUACUGGUUGAAACUUACAAGAGCUGUUAAUGGGAGCUUGUGGGCUGAAACACAAAUGUCGAGUGAAGCAUCUAAGGCUCCUGAGAUUGACAUGACAGAGCUUGAAAGUCUUUUCUCCGCAUCUACUCCAGAGCAAGCAGGGAAGUCGAGACUAAAUAGCUCUCGUGGACCUAAACCCGAGAAAGUCCAACUGAUUGAACACAGGCGAGCAUAUAAUUGUGAAAUUAUGCUUUCAAAAGUGAAAGUACCUUUGCAGGAUUUGAUGGUAAUAUUAAGCUCUACAGGUUUAGGAUGUGUUGUAAUGAUAGCAUUUAAAAUCUGUAAAAUGUCAGUGACAAUUAAAAGCUACAUUGUCUCAAAAUAUUGGCAGUACUCAGUGCUUAACCUGGAGGAAUCGGCUCUUGAUGCUGAUCAGGUUGAGAACUUAAUUAAGUUUUGUCCAACAAGAGAAGAAAUGGAAUUACUAAAGGGUUACAAUGGUGACAAGGAUAAGCUAGGAAAAUGCGAACUGUUCUUCUUAGAGAUGAUGAAAGUCCCACGAGUAGAAACAAAGCUCAGAGUAUUCUCAUUCAAAAUUCAGUUUCGAUCUCAGAUUUCUGAACUCAGGAAUAGUCUAGGUGUUGUCAACUCCGCGGCAGAACAAAUAAAGAAUUCUGAAAAAUUCAAAAGAACAAUGCAGACAAUUUUGUCCCUUGGGAACGCCCUAAACCAGGGGACGGCUAGGGGUGCUGCGGUUGGGUUUAAAUUGGACAGUCUGCCAAAACUCAGUGAAACACGGGCGCGUAAUAACCGUACGACUCUGAUGCAUUAUCUAUGCAAGAUUCUUGCUGAGAAAAUGCCAGAAGUUAUAGAUUUCACAAAAGAUUUAUCCUCACUGGAGUCUGCAACAAAGAUUCAACUCAAGUUUUUGGCUGAGGAGAUGCAAGCUAUAAACAAGGGACUGGAGAAAGUCGUACAAGAACUCUCCUUGUCUGAAAAUGAUGGCCCAAUCUCACAUAACUUUAAUAAGAUAUUGAAGGAGUUCCUUCAUUAUGCGGAAGCAGAAGUAAGGUCCUUGGCUUCAAUCUAUUCGGGAGUGGGAAGAAAUGUGGAUGGCUUAAUUCUCUACUUUGGUGAAGACCCUGCUAAGUGCCCUUUUGAACAAGUGGUGUCGACUCUUCUAAACUUUGUAAGGUUGUUCAAUCGAGCGCAUGAAGAAAACGGAAAACAACUCGAGGCAGAAGCUAAGAAGAGUGCUGAAAAGGAGAAAUCAAAAACAGGUGGAUUAGAUAAAGAAAGCAGAAAGACCUUGGAAGAAGAAAUAAAGGAGGAGAAAACAAAAACAAGUGGAUUAGAUAAAGAAAGCAGAAAGACAUUGGAGGAAGAAAUAAAGAAGGAGAAAACAAAAACAAGUGGUUUAGAUAAAGAAACGAGGGAGCCACAGAAGGAAGGAGGCGCCGCUUGAAAAACAGAUUGUUUCCAUUCGUUUUGAGAUGGCACGGAAGGAAACGGCUCAGGACUGGACUGAACCGGAACGGUGAAGGCGUGAGACUGCUAAAAACGGGCUUUUAGAUUAUAAGAUGCUUAGAGACCACGCUAUUUUUACCUUCUUAUAACUUGUCACCUAACGGAAAUAUUAACGUGUAAAAUAGUUAUAAGUGUAAAAAAUAUUGUAACUAGAAAGCAAUAAACAAAAUACAUCAUACAUGUUGGUCACAGACUCACAGUAGAAGAUGGAAAGGAAGGGGAAGAACAGAGUUAAUAACUGAUUGGUACAAUAAUAGUAACUAGUAAGUAAUAGAAA